UGGGCCAUCUGUAGCCCACUGCUCUACCUGGUCACUAUGUCCCAGAAACUGCGUGUGGUGUUGGUGUCUAGCUGCUACUUCUGUGGAAUUGUGUGUUCUUUUAUUCACUUUUGUUUAGCGCUUGAGAUCACAUCCUGUAAGUCAAAUGUGGUAAACCACUUCUUUUGUGAUCUGCCUCCGAUCUUUAAUCUUGCCUGCUCUGAUGUCACUCUGAAUGAACUCAUGUUGUUCAUUGUGGCCACUUUCAAUGAGAUCAUCACCAUCGUGAUCAUCCUCACCUCCUACUUGUUUAUUCUCAUCACCAUCCUGAGGAUGCACUCUGCAGAGGGGAGGCGCAAAGCCUUUUCUACCUGUGCCUCCCACCUCACAGCCAUCGUCAUGUUACAGGGAACAGUCCUUUCCACUUAUUGUCACCCCAGUUCGGGCAACAGUUCGGAUACAGACAAGAUGGCUUCUGUGUUUUACACUGUAGUGAUCCCCAUGCUGAACCCCCUGAUCUACAGCUUGAGGAACAAGGAUGUGAAAGAAGCUCUCAAAAAUGUCUUAGGAUCCAAAUUACAUUUUGAGAAGGUCCUUUCUUAG